AAGCGUCAUCUUAGCGGGGAAUGUUGGUACCAAAACAGACGACGAAAGGAAAAGAAACAAGGUGGAAGACGAUUAGGCACAUGUCAGAAUUUAUUUUGUUUUGAAUUUUCAUUUCGAUGGCCAGCAAGACUGAACGAUUAGUUCCAUGGAUUUCCAUGGAAGAGUGGAAACAAGUAUAUAAACAAGUAUACUCAGAGAAAAGAAAGGAGAAAUGGGCUGGUCUUAAUCAAAUGAUAAUGUGGAAAUCCAGGGUUACUAAGCUAUCAUUAGGUAUUGAAUGCUCUCUGUAUUUGUUACAAGCAAUUUUGCGGGACGAGGAAUACAAGUUUGAUGCUAAUCAUGCUCUUUCUGAGAAUGACAUUGCGUUAAUGUACUCUACAGCAAUUAUCAGAUUCAUCAACUUGAUAUCACAUCUAGGGCAAGUAGAUUUAAGACAUCAACCUAUUUCUGCCAUUGCUGAAAUGGCAGGUAUUCCCGACUGGGUAGUCAGUAUCCGGCACGAAGCUACGCACGCAAAAAUGCCUUCAUUAGAUAUCCUUAGGCCAGGCGCCAACUUGGCUAUGGAAUGGUUGAAGGAGAACUAUUGGCGUACCGAAGAAGAAAAUAGUUUUGAUCUUUACUGGCCAGCUGAAUCCAAUAACGCGACAUCACGGAUGAUGCUUGCAAAAAUGAAGGAAGCAAAGGAAGAGGAGACGGGCUCGGCUCCAAAGUGUGUCGUGCUAUCUAAAGAAUUGCAACAAGCCGUGUCAAUGCUAGUGUUACUGCUUAAGGAAAUGGGCUCUCGGAAUUCUAUCAAUGAAAUCCAGUCUCGCGAACUUCACCAGUACCUUUACAAGCUUUGGCUGCAGACCAAGAACUUUGCCACUCCUUUGAACAAAAAAGAAAUUGCCAACUUGACUGUGCCCUUAAAAAAACUUCAACCAUUAGUCUUUGACGAUAUCAAACGUUUGUUGUCUGAGUUGGUAGAAAGUGAUGGUGAAGAGGAAUUGGAGCACGACGUAGAAAAAGAAGCUGUGUUUGAAGGAAAAUGUUUCAUCUCCGCCUUGUGCCGAAGUCCCCAUCUACUAACAAAACCAGGAAAAGGCACAAUUUUCAGCAACCUGCAACCUAUUUGGAACUGGAUCCAGCAGUGGAAAAUAGUCCCACAUUUAAUGAACAGUCUGGUUCACAUAGAAAUUGCAGAUGAUAAUAUAAGAAAGGCUCAUUUGAGUUUGAUUUCUGCUUUGGCAAACGCUCUUUUGCAUGCACAAAACAAUCCUCGGAAUGCUAAAAGCAUAUUCAAAUUUGACGAAAAUUGGCGUUCCACAAACUGGAAAAAAAUGACCUUACCAAUCCUUCAAGAUCCCCAUCCCGACACGUGGAACACUGUAUCGAAACUCUUUCAGUUACAAAAUCCUCCUGUAGAUGCAACGAAGCAAGAGAAAGUGGCCGCUCUGUUGCGCCUAUAUUUGGAUGGCAACACGUCGGACGAGCCUUCAAGGCGUGCCGGUUUUGGCAAGUCGACAAUGCAUUCAAAAAUUUACACCGUUGAAAUGGUGAACCCUCAGAAAGAGAAACCCCAAGAGCAAGAAGAUUCACGUGAUCGAUGUCCUCAAGUCGACGAAUCUUCGCCUGAUCCAGCUCCAGUGAUUGAUGUAUGGACAUUGUGUUCAGAGCACGAUUGGUCUCGUAUCCCUAUUGGAAGCUUGCCGAAGAAUAGGAUAGAGGAAUUGGAAUUUAAAGGAGUAGAAUGGGAAUUAGUCGACGCAGAAUCGGAUGAUUGCAAUUCAGAUCGCCUCACGAACGGUACAAAACGAACUGGAGAGCGAUUUGACUGGAAUUCAUUGAUGCGCAAACGAAGACGAAGAGGGGGUCUGACUAAAGAAGGUCCAGCCGGGCAGUCGGCGGCGACAACAAGAUAAAUACAUUUUUGUGCGCAAGAAUAUGUAUCGAUUUUAAUACAAUCAGGAUGGCAUAUUA